CCCUGCUGUGUCCUGCCAACUCCUACUAUGACCCUUGCAUGAGCGGCUGUCCUGCCACGUGUGUGGACCGCCAAGCCCCGCAGAACUGCUCCAAGCCSUGCAUGGAGGGCUGUGCGUGCACCUCCGGCUUUUUGCUSAGUGGAGACAGCUGUGUGGCCGAGGCCGACUGUGGCUGCCUCUUUGAGGGCAACUACUACAGCGAGGGCGAGCUCUCUGUGAACGAGAACUGCAGUCGCCAGUGCCGGUGUGAAGGCAACGGCCAGAUGGUUUGCUCGCCAUUGUCCUGUGGUGCGGAUGAGGUCUGYGAGAUCCAGAAUGGCCACAGAGGCUGUUACCCACAUAGCACAGCCCRGCCUCCACACACAGUGCCCCCAACAGCUGGGCCCAGCUCAGGUSCAUCAACACCAAAACCCGUUACUCCCUUGCCAGAGACCACAACAGGGCCUCCACACACAGUGCCACCAACAGCCGGGCCCAGCUCAGGUCCCUCAACACCCAAACCUGUUACCCCGUUGCCAGAGACCACCACAGGGCCUCCACACACAGUGCCACCAACAKCCGGGCCCAGCUCAGGCCGUGCUUCCUGCAGUGCCUCUGGGGAUCCACAUUAUAACACUUACGACUACAGAGUUCAUAAUUUCAUGGGAAAUUGCUCUUACACUCUGUCAAAAUUGUGCAACAUCUCUCAGGGGCUUCCAUACUUCCACGUGUCUACAACAAAUGAGCACAGAGGUGCCAACACCAGAGUCUCUUAUGUGAAGUCAGUUCAAGUAGAAGUCUAUGGCAAUCAGAUUUCUUUGCUGAAAAACAAGAAAGUGAAUGUGAACGGCAGCAGAAGGAAUCUGCCUGUAUUUAUUGAGAAGAAGAUAAUUAUCCAAAGCAGUGGUGGAUAUGUUCUCUUGGAAACUGAUUUUGGACUGUGGGUCAGAUAUGAUGGAAACCACUAUGCAGAAGUCUCUGUGCCCUCUGAUUACAGUGGUCUGCUUUGUGGUUUGUGUGGCAAUUACAAUGGUGAUCCAAAUGAUGACAACAUAAAGCCUAAUGGUGAUACUGCAAGUAGUUCCACUGAUCUUGGACAAAGCUGGCUUGUCUUUGAGAAUAACACCAUAUGCUCUGUUGGGACAGAAGAGCAAUGUGACCCUGUGCUGGAGAGUGAAGCAAAGAAGAACACAACAUGYGGCAUGAUCACAGACCCAGAAGGUAGUAUUUUAGUAGUUCUGUGA